CCGACAAUUCCCAAAUGCAACGACUAGCUAACCUUGCUAUCAACCCCUACUGUCCUUGCCUUCCCUUUCCCUUUCAUUUAUAUCUAAGCCUUUUGCAUUUAAACAUGCCAACCACUCCCCUUUGGUGAAGCUCCUAUGAAGCUAUGAAUUAAAAGCACCAUUUCUCAUUUAGCUUUGUUUUUUGUGUCAACUCUUCUAUGGGGAAGAUUGGAGGAAACUCUUGGUUGACUGCAGUCAAGAAAGCCUUUAGGUCUCCUACUAAGGAAAACGAUAAGCGGAGCUGUAGAAGGAGAGAAGAUGGUGAACAAGAGGAAGAAGAGAAGAAAAGAGGGAAACGAAGAUGGAUUUUCAAGAAGCCUCCGUAUCAGGAAACAGUGAUACAACACAGUGAAGCAAGCACCAUAGUUACAAUAGCCAAUGCUAAAGUUGCCACUAAUUCAGAAACCUCAGCACUGAAUACCGUUCCCGAAGCUGAGCAAAGAUCACAUGCCAUUGCGGUGGCUAUUGCUACCACAGCAGCUGCUCAAGCAGCAGUAGCAACCGCACAAGCUGCUGUAGAAGUUGUUCGGCUCACCAGGCCUUCCGUUUUCUUGAGAGAACACAUUGCUGCUAUUGUUAUACAGACAGCUUUCAGAGGUUAUCUGGCAAAGAGAGCUCUUCGGGCACUCAAGGGACUGGUGAAGCUGCAAGCCUUAGUGAGAGGACACAAUGUCCGAAAGCGAGCGAAUAUUACUCUCAGAUGCAUGGAGGCUAUGGCUCGAGUGCAGGCCCGGGUUCGUGAUCAACGUAAGAGGCUUUCUGUGCAUGAAAGAAGCAUGGACUCUAUAUUCAGUGAUCACAGGACCAACACCUUAUGGAGCUCGUAUCUUGCAGACAGGAAGUCCAUUUACUCGAGAGAAGAGAGCAACUAUGACGAUGAUUGGAGGACCCAUUGGGACGAGCACCCGAAAACACUAAAGGAGAUUCAAGCCAUUUUGCAGAAGACAAAGCAAGCUACCAUGAAGCGUGAAAAGGCUCUCGCUCAAGCAUUCUCUAACCAGAUUUGGACAGGUGAUAGAAACACUGUUGAAAGUGAGGACGAGGUUGACGGAAAAACCAGAUGGGUUGAUCGGUGGACAACAAGGAAGCAAUGGGAGAGUACAGGCAGAAUGUCAUCUGACCACAUAGAUUCCAUAAAAACUGUUGAAAUCGACACCUCUAGACCCUACUCUUACUCAGCCCCCCAUUCCCAGAACCCCAACAGUCAAUACCACUACCAACAACGAAGGCCUAGUUCAUUUUCUGUGGCGUCCCCUCUCCACAAAACCAUCAAUGGUCUCCCCAUUCGCUCAAUCACACCAUCUCCGUCAAAAGCCAAGCCUCUCCAAAUUUACUCAGCUAGCCCUCGAUACCUCAAGGAAGAGAGGUUCCCCCCAUCACCGGCUCGUACACCCAACACCGGAUCUUACUACCAUAGAGUGAGUGGUAAUGCUGCAGCAAUGCCAAACUACAUGGCCGCUACAGCAUCUGCUAUGGCUCGGGUUCGGUCACAAAGUGCACCAAAGCAGAGGCAUUGCUCAACUCCGGAAAGGGAAAAAGUGGGAUCUGCCAAAAAAUGUCUGUUAUUCCCAGCACCUGAACAAAGUGGUGUUGAAGAAAGCAUUAAAGAUGAAGUUUAUUAUGAUUAUAACUUGGGAAGUCCUAGCUAUAAGAGCAGUCAUGGAGGCCAUUUUGGCAUGGAACAUAAAUCCAACUUGUCAUCUUGUUAUGCAGAUAGUCUUGGUCAUGGAGAAGACAUCUUUCCACCGUCGACAAAUGAUCUUAGGAAGUGGUUGAGGUAAACCUAGGGCUUGAGCAGCAUCAUGUAAUUGAGUUAGGGAUAUAGUGUCUCGAGAAGUAUGUUGUUAUUAGGAGUUAAUGAUUAAUGCUUCCAUUAUCAUCAUCAUAAGUAAAUUAUUAGCAUCCA